AUGAUUAUUUAUUUUUAGACUUGCGAAGAGAGAGAAAGGGUUUUAAAUAUAAGACAGAAUCAAAUUGUCAAUUUAACAGCACGUGUACAGCCUUACAAAGAGUUAUCUGGGUGUAUAUUUUUGCAGACGCUUUCUACAGUACCAACAUAUACGUUAUUAGUCCCAACUUUACCACCAGCAAACAAAAGUGUCAAAGGAAAAGUUACGCUAAAACCUUUGGGAACUGAGGCUACUACAAGCACUACUGAAAUUAGCACCAUAAAUCCAUCAACUCUAGAAUAUUCUACGGACCUAUCAAUGAAUUCUGAAUAUCUCACGACAACUAUGUACAGUUCGAGUCCAAUGCAAGAUUAUGAAACAUUUUCAACUAUAAAUGCAGAGGAAAAAUUGUUACCCUUGGCCACUGAAGGUUACACUACAGAAAAAACUUAUGAAUCUACAACCAAGAAAAAUCUUUCUGUAAAAAGUAAAAGAGCUGCUGCAAAUUUUUAUAAAGACAGCUUUAUUCGCAGAGGACGAACUGUGACUUGUCAUAACGCUAGAAGAUUUAGAUCUUCAAGAGAAAGAUGGUGGUUCAUCGUUAUUAGUAAUUGCAAUGGUGCGAAGGGAAUUAAUAUUAAAUACAAAAUUUUAAUGACAAACGGGCCACCUGGUGAUUAUUGGCACGAGCAUUUUUCCGCAGAUGAAUUUUAUAUUCUACCUGUUCUUAUGGCAUUCGUAGUGGCCUACUCUUUUCUCCUAUUAGGAAUAGUAGUAUGUACAAUGGAACUGAAAUCCAGGCAGUUAUUACAUACAACAUACAAAAUAUUCGUGUUCUCCGUAAUUAUCCAAUUAUUUGGAAUAUUAUUUGUAAGCAGUUGCUACCUCAAACUGGCUGUUUCAGGUUUUAUGGUUACAAAGAUGAGAAGAUUUGGUCUUGUGUUGAUGGGGAUGUCCGAAACUAGUUUUCUGUUGCUUUUGUUACUUUUGGUAAAAGGAUAUACCGUUACUAGGGGACGUUUGCCUAUAUCAGCCAGUAUAAAACUGACAGUAUUUAUGUGUAUCUAUGCUGUAACUUAUGUAUCAAUAUUUAUUUAUGAAGCUAAGGUUUUUGAUCCGGGAGAGGUACUUUAUCUUUAUGAAUCUCCUGCCGGGUAUGGUUUAAUAAUAUUAAGAAUUUUAGCUUGGUGUAUGUUUAUCUAUUCCACAAUAUUUACUUUAAAACACUAUCCAGAAAAGGGAAAUUUUUACUACCCUUUCAAUAUUUUCGGAACUCUUUGGUUUAUAGCUGGACCAGCUUUUAUCUUAUCAGCAAAUAAUUACAUCGACAAAUGGGUGAGAGAAUCAGUGGUAUUUGCUGUACUCCUUUUUAUAUCAUUUGGAGGACACCUAAUGUUUUUGAUUUUGACUAUGCCGUCAGUAGCUAACAAAAAUUUUCCAUACCACGUGAGAACAACCCAAAUAGGUAUUAUGGAGCUCGCAGGAAGAAACGGAACUAGUACUAUGGAACAAUUUGGCCACCAUAUGUAUGAACCCACCACUACAUUUAGGGAACAAACUGUUAUUAUACCGCUUACUAGGAGAACUGAGGAAAUAUUUGAAGGAAUGUAUAAUCAAGCAGCAUUUAGACGAACGGACCUUCCAAACGAAAACGCGUCGGAAAACGAGGACAACCGAGAACAAAGUGACAAAACUAUAGAUAAUGUAUUGAGUUGGUCAUUGGCUAAAAAUGUAUCAGCCUUGGAAUUGCCAGUGAACGGGGUGAAUUAUAAUAGUGCUACAGCAUCGGCUCAUUCAAGAAGUGACAAUAGCUCCCCUUUAAGCAGAGACUUAUCGUUUAGGGAGAACAUAGAAAAUCCGAAAAAUUUGGGCCAAAACUAUGAAGAUUACAUAAGGGACGUUCCCAUAGAGUUGUUUACUGUCAGUAAAAUGCUUGUGACGACUACGAAUAAUAUACCAAAACACAAAAAUGUGCCACCUGAAUGAUUUAAUUAAGCACAUAAAGAAUUUAUAAUUAUUAUUAUUAUGUGUUAAAAGACAGUAUAAAACAUUCGGAAAAUCUGGAGCAUUGAGAUAGAAUAAAGAAGAGAUGCUAUGACGAUUAUAAAGUGUCCGUACCUUUGCAUUGCACUUUUACGACAUAUGUCAAACUGAAGUUAGUGAAGCUAGUCAGUUUUGGUGAGAAUAAAUGACAUCUUUUUAAAUAGCUUCACUUAAAUGAUAUAAAAUCAUUUUUAUUCCAUUAGUCAAGUCGCCAUUUUCAUGCGCUAGUUCAGUGAUGAUGUAAUUAUGGUUCCACUGACAAUUAAAGUGACAGUAGAUUUUUUGAAUGCGUUUUGUUCGUUUUGAUUACCUAAAUUAUAUCGUUUUUUCACUUUUAUAAAUAUAUCCCUAAAGUGAGUAGAUAGCAUGUAUCAAAUAUACAAUCGUUUAGUUACCAAUUACAUACCUUUAAACUAUUUCUUAUGACCUGUAUACAAUAUUUUGAAAUAAAAUAAAAACAGUAAAAACGUAUCUGUCAAAUUUAUUGAUGUUUUUGUUAAAAGUUUGGUUAGAAUUAAAUGUCAGUGGAACCAAAAUAUCACACUGAACUAGCGCAUUACACUUUUCCGUCAUUCGAAGUGCGUCCAUCUGUCAUACCGCAACAUAGUUUAAUUUCGUCUCUAUUUUAUUCUAUCUCGAUGAUCUGGAGCGACAGACCUAUCCCCUUAUGUCUCUAUUACUCAUGCAUAUCAUACUUCCUUUUAAAUUUGUUGUUACGUUUCCUACCCUGAGUGUCAAUUACACAUCAUUUUGUUUUUGCGAUUAAUAGUGAGUGUGUGUUUAUAAUUUAAUUUGCCUUUUAUUAUGGAGAUCCGUGCAAAAAAUACACCCAUCGAGACUCGAUGAUUUAAAGUAACGACAGGGGGUAAUCGUUGUAGCCAACCCAACAGUUGUAGUUUUAGCGUGAGAAUAAGAGAGAUCGAAAAUAAGUUGUUUGAAAAUUUACCAGAUUCAAAAGUCCCGCACUUUUUUCGCGCACAAGUAAUGCGAAAUGAUUGAAUAAAGGGAAAGGUUUAUUGCUAAUAUUUUUUUAUUUUUCAACUUUUGACUGUAGAACGAAACCUAUAAAAAAUCGUUGGUAUUUUACUAAAAUUGAAUUUGAAGCAUUUAAGACUGCAUAAUAUAUUUCGUAAUCAUAGAUAAAAGACAAGAACAGUAAUGCCCAUUCUUAUAUGGAUGUUUUAAAAAUAAACAAAUUUAAACAUUAAUAUUGCUGAUAACCUGUCAGAAAGGAAAUGUUGCAGUAGAAAUGUAAAGACAACUUGGUAUAAAAAUAUUUAAUAGGCUUGGUUACGAAAUAUCCGGUCUUUAGGUACAUUAUAAAUCAUUCAUAAAUCAAUUGAAUUAACAAUAUUUAAAAUAAUAAAUAUUUGACAAAUAGGAAAAAGAAGUCAUUUGUACCUAAAUAUUAUUCUUUAAUGCGACCGGUUUGGAAGUUUGAAUUUCUUCAUCUUCAGGCACACUAUAACUUCACUUCGGUAUAAUUCACUACAACGAUCUUGUAUUAGUGAUGUUUAAACAGCAAAUAGUAAAAUAAUAUUACGCUGAUCUCGUUCUAUCCUCUCUAUGUGGCAUCUACAAUAAUUAGGACACCACAUUCAAGAAUGCUUCUAAUAAGAUUGUUAAAUAAUGUUGAAAUUGCUUUAGUAUCAUACAUGUGUUUGGUAUUUCUUUUAAUAAAGCCUAGCAUCCGGAAAGCAUUACAAAUAAUGGAAUUAAUGUGUUCUCGAAAGGACAAUUCCAUCAAAGAUCAUCCCUAGAUCAUUCACGAAUGUGGUGUUUUGAAGCACAUUACAUCGAUUUUGUAUCGAUUUAGAGAAGGGGUUAAAGCUCUAGCGAACUGCAUUUGUUGGUAUUUAAUGAGAUGAUUCGCCUUGCGUCCAUCAUUUAAUGUCUCUAGAUCACCU